AUGAUAGUAUUAUAUCAAGAAGUUCAAGUCCGCUUUCAAAAGAACAAGGGAAAAACGCUACAAUAUAUCACCCAUAGAGAUUCCAAUCGAAGUUUUUGGGGUGGGCUUUCAGGGGUGGUGGUGAUGGAUUCAACGGUUCCAGUAGAUCUGACCACAUUACAAGAAACAUUGGAACACUUGCACCAGGUUAUCAACGGUUUGGCGUUCUAUCUAAAUACAGUGAGAUUAAAGAAAAGUGAAAUUCGGCAAUGUUGUGAAAGUUACUGGUACGGUGAGCAAUUGGGUGUAUCUUGUGAUCCCCACAGAGAUAUUUGUCGAUUGCAAGAGAUCGCUAGUAUGGCAAGAUUAGUGCAUAAUAUGUCGGUACCUUUGAAUUCCAUAUCUUUGAUCGAAAUUCAGGAACAUAUUAAGAAGCUAUUUCCUUCAAAUCCAGUCCACAAAUUAGAGACUGUCUCAUACUUCAGCAGUCCAAGUCUCGAUGAAAAAUUGCUCACGUCAGUAGUGGUAGAUUUACUCAUCAGCGUUUGUAGAGGUCUGACAGGUACAGAUCAUCAAACAUCGCCGCAUCUACAGAAGGAAAUCGUAUCUAUUAUCAAUAUGAGAUUCAUACGUCCAUAA